GAUUUGUAAGGCCGGGAAACAGACAAUUAUAAAAUCAGUCUGUACCGGUGUAGCGUGGUGUACCAAGAUCCCCUACAUGCUCUACGGCAACUUGGAUCCACACAUCAAUACGGCAGUAAACGGUAUUAUAUCUGUCGACAUUGGGUCUGGAUACCAAUAAUACCAAAGAGAAGCAGCAAUUUUGUUUGAUUUGGCACCAGAGAUAAUCUGAUACAACCUUAAAAAGCUUAAACAUAUCGUGACGGUAAACUGAAGAUAAACAACAGAUCAAAUAAAACAGUGCAGAUUCACAGAACAACACACUCUCUAGAUCUGAAGAGGCUUCAUUGGCCUGUACAAUCGAACACAUUCAGAACAACGCCUAGUCCGACGAGGCUGACCUAGAUUUACACAGGGCUAGGGAUGCCUUGUGUGGAGGGUCGUGUUCCUGGAAUUCCAGAGAAAUGUGGACUCUACGAUCCUACUCUCGAAAGUGACGCCUGUGGUGUCGGAUUUGUUGUCAGCAUCGAUGGCGUCCGAUCACAUAAGGUUUUGCGAGAUGCACAGAUCAUGUUGCAGCGGAUGGAGCACCGCGGGGCAUGUGGGUGCGACAAUGACACGGGGGACGGGGCGGGAGUCCUUACUGGCAUUCCGCACAAACUCUACCACAAGAUCCUCAGAGAGGAACAGAAUAUCGAACUACCUGACGAAGGUUGCUAUGCCACAGGGAUGAUCUUUGCUGAUAAAGACCAAUCACAGCUAACUAAAGAUGCAUUUACAUCCAUAGCAACGACCUAUAACCUCCAGAUUCUGGCCUGGAGGGACGUACCCAUAGACAACUCAAUAAUAGGAAGGGUUGCGAAGACAACAGAGCCGUUCAUUCUACAGGUGUUUGUGACUGGCAGUGACGACAUUGAGGAGUUUAAGCGACAGGUGUACCUGCUGAGAAAGUACAGCUCCCAUCACAUCCCUGAGCAGGACUUGAGGUAUUUCAUCUGUACCCUGUCUACAGAUGUCAUUGUGUACAAGGGCCUGUUCACAACCUCACAACUGUGGACCUACUUCAAGGAUCUGGAAGACCCAGAUUUUGAGACGCACAUUGCUCUGAUUCACAGCCGAUUUUCCACCAACACAUUUCCCAGCUGGGAGAGAGCGCACCCUCAGAGGUACCUGGCCCACAAUGGGGAGAUCAAUACCCUACGAGGGAACAACAAUCUGAUGCGUGCACGUGAGGGGGUGAUGAGUAGCGAUGUAUACGGGAACCAGCUACGCGACCUGUACCCCGUCGUGGAGGAGGGUAUGUCAGACUCCGGCUGUGUAGACAAUGUGCUGGAGUUCCUGUGUAUGGCUGGUGGACGCCAGCUCCCAGAGGCGGUGAUGACCAUGGUACCGGAGGCCUGGCAGAAUGACAAGACCAUGUCCGCAGAUAAGAAGGCAUUCUAUCGGUGGAGCGCCUUUGCUAUGGAACCCUGGGAUGGACCAGCCCUUCUGACAUUCUCCGAUGGGAGGUACAUUGGAGCCAUCUUGGACAGGAAUGGUCUGCGACCUUCACGUUUCUAUGUGACCAAAUCUAACCACAUGUAUAUGGCUAGUGAGGUGGGCGUGGUGGACAUCCCUCACGCAGACAUCAUACAGAAGGGUCGUCUGAAGCCUGGCAGGAUGUUGCUUGUAGACACACAUCAGAAAGUGUUUAUGAAGGAUGAGGUUCUCAAGACGCAGAUUGCAACCCUCCGGCCCAACCAGAAAUGGCUGACUGAAGAGACAAUGUCCCUGAGUGAGCUCCACCGAGCACAUGUUCCCAAUGGGGACGUGAAGCAGCUCCGACCAGAGGUGGAGGAGUACAGUCAAGGAGGGUUCCUGGAGAAGGACAGACGCCUUUCCCUGUAUGGUUACACCGUGGAGGCCAUCAACUUACUGGUACUACCCAUGGUCAAGGACAAGAAGGAAGCGCUGGGCUCUAUGGGAAAUGAUGCUCCACUGGCGUGUCUGUCCCAAUACAACCCUCUGAUCUUUGACUACUUCAAACAACUGUUUGCCCAGGUCACCAACCCACCCAUAGACCCCUUUAGGGAGAAAAUUGUCAUGUCUCUGGAAUGCCCCAUAGGACCCGAGGCUAACAUCCUGGACCCGUCAUCGGAGCAAUGUAAACGACUCUGGCUAGACCAGCCCAUACUGUCCCUACAGGAUAUGGAGGUGCUCAAAUAUACCACCCACAAGGGAUGGAAGACAAAGCAGAUAGACAUCACAUUCCCCGUGAGUGAGGGGCCGGAGGGAGUGGUCCCUGCUCUACACAGGGUGUGUCUGGAGGCUGCUGAGGCUGCAGAGGAAUACCAAUUAAUCUGUCUGACAGACCGCCAAAUUGGCAAGGACCGUAUACCUAUACCGUCCCUGUUGACCGUGGGAGCUGUCCAUCACCACCUGAUUGACAAGAAGCUCCGCCUGAAGGUGGGACUCGUGCUGGAGACGGGCGAGGCCAGGGAGGUACACCACAUUUGUACGUUACUGGGUUACGGUGUAGACGCGAUCUGCCCCUACCUGGUGUUUGAGACGAUCGCCCGCCUGAGGGAGGACGGACUGUUGAACCCACCUCUGCCAGAUGACGUAGUCUACGCAAACUAUCGCGAUGCUGUGGCUCGGGGCAUCUCCAAGGUCAUGGCCAAGAUGGGCAUAUCUACCCUACACAGUUACAAGGGAGCCCAGAUCUUUGAGGCAGUAGGUCUACACAAGGAGGUAGUGGACCUGUGCUUCAAAGGAACUGCCUCCCUUAUAGGAGGAGUCGCCUUCAAGGAACUCGCUUCUGAGACACUCAACAGACAUCAGCAGGCUUACUCAGACAGGGAAUGUGAUGACGCCCUUGUCAUGAACCCUGGUUUCUACCACUGGAGGGACGGGGGAGAGAAACACAUCAAUGACCCUCAGUCCAUAGCUAACCUUCAGGAUGCUGCGAAAAAUAAUAACAAGAAUGCUUACGCCAAGUUUACCGAGUCGUCGUGGGACAGUGUGAGGAAGUGCACACUGCGCGGCCAGCUGGAUUUUGUCUAUGCCAAGGAGCCUCUGGACGUGUCUGAGGUUGAGGAGGCUGCUAACAUCGUCAAACGCUUCUGUACAGGUGCUAUGAGCUUUGGGAGCCUGUCUAUCGAGGCUCACUCCACUCUAGCUGUAGCCAUGAACCGGGUAGGAGGGAAGUCUAACACAGGAGAAGGGGGAGAGAACUCUGACCGUUACACCCAUAACGAGGACCCCAUGUUUAACAAGAGGUCAAGUAUCAAACAGGUGGCAUCUGGUCGGUUUGGAGUCACCAGUUCGUAUCUGUCACACGCUGAUGAGCUACAAAUCAAGAUGGCCCAGGGAGCGAAGCCAGGGGAAGGAGGCGAAUUACCAGGUCACAAGGUGUCAAAGGAUAUUGCCAAGACACGUCACUGUGUCCCCGGGGUGGGGCUCAUCAGCCCUCCCCCUCAUCAUGACAUUUACUCCAUUGAGGAUCUUGCAGAGUUGAUCUAUGACCUCAAGUGUGCCAAUCCCCUAGCCAGAAUCAGUGUCAAACUCGUGUCGGAGGUCGGCGUGGGGAUCAUAGCAGCUGGUGUCGCCAAGGGUCAUGCUGAGCACAUCACUAUAUCUGGACAUGAUGGUGGUACCGGAGCCAGCAGCUGGACCGGGAUAAAGAACGCCGGGCUACCAUGGGAACUAGGCAUCUCAGAGACACAUCAAGUACUUGUCAUGAAUGACCUUAGAUCAAGAGUGGUCCUCCAGGCUGAUGGUCAAAUUAGGACAGGGCGGGAUGUUUUGAUUGCUGCCAUGAUGGGGGCUGAUGAGUUCGGGUUUAGUACCGCCCCUCUUAUAGCCAUGGGCUGUACCAUGAUGAGGAAAUGUCAUCUCAACACCUGUCCAGUCGGCAUAGCAACACAGGAUCCUGUGCUGAGAAAGAAAUUUGCUGGAAAACCUGAAUAUGUUGUCAACUACCUAUUCUUCAUUGCAGAAGAGAUCCGACAGAUUAUGGCUAAGAUGGGUUUUAGGAAGUUCCAGGAACUGGUUGGAUGCACAGACAGAUUAGCGUUCAACCCUGACCCGGAGAAUCCCAAAGCCAGUCUUCUGGACUACCAGGCCAUGCUAACCAACGCGUUACACAUGCGCCCGGAUACCAAUAUUGUGGGCGGUAGCGUUCCUCAGGAAUUCGAUCUGGAGAAACGACUGGACUACAAAGUGCUGGAGCAGGCACGGAAGGUCAUCGAGGGUCAACAGAAACAGGUGGUCAUAGAUAUGGACAUCAGUAACGAGGACCGGACAUUUGGGGCCACUCUCAGCUACUAUGUGUCCCUGAAGACGGUGGAGGAGGGACUCCCCGACCAGAGUAUCAUCAUCAACCUGAAGGGGUCAGGGGGUCAGAGCUUCUGUGCCUUCCUAGCCAAGGGCAUCCAUGUGACCUUGGAGGGUGAUGCUAACGAUUACGUCGGCAAGGGUUUGUCUGGUGGAGAGAUCGUGAUCUACCCUCCCAAGGACAUGUCUCCAUCAUUCCGAACCGAGGAAAACAUCAUUGUUGGCAACGUUGUCCUGUAUGGAGCUACGUCAGGGAAGGCUUUCCUGUGUGGGCAGACAGCUGAGCGGUUCUGUGUCCGUAACUCCGGAGUCACAGCCGUCUGUGAGGGCUGUGGAGACCAUGGCUGUGAGUACAUGACCGGGGGCAGAGUUGUGGUUCUUGGAUUAACAGGGCGGAAUUUCGCUGCAGGAAUGUCUGGUGGCAUAGCCUAUGUAUAUGACAAACUUAAGAUGUUCCACCAGCGAUGCAACCAAGAAUCUGUCGCCCUGGAGCCCCUUGACCUUCCCGAGGAUCUUACAUUUGUCCAGGACCUCCUGACAGAGUUCCAGCAGAAGACAGGAUCCCGUCUGGCCCAAAGUAUCCUUGACAAUUGGCAGGAAGAGAAGAAACACUUUGUUAAGGUGUUCCCCCAUGAGUAUAAACGGGCCCUGCUGGAGGCGGAGAAUGAGAAGGCAGCCGUACACAAUGAGGCUGUAAACGGGGUCGUGAAUGGCGACAGCAAUGACGACGGGGAGGAUCUCAUCAUCAACGGCAGGGAGGAAAAAGCGAAGACCAAGGUGGCCAAGAUUGUAGAUAUAGAGGAAGCUAUACCAGAUGCUGUGCGUAACCAGAAAAACCUUGAAAAGCUGGAUAAACUAAGAGGUUUUGUGAAGUACAACCGUGCCACGUACCAGUACCGCGACGUGAAGUCGCGCCAGAAGGAUUGGCAGGAGAUUUACAAUCAUGGCGUUGUGAAGGAGGGAUUACAGAAGCAGGCCGCUCGCUGUAUGGACUGUGGAGUGCCCUUCUGCCAGUCCGACAAUGGCUGUCCACUCAGCAACAUUAUACCCAAGUGGAAUGACCUUGUCUUCAAGAACCAAUGGAAGGAGGCCCUGGACCAACUGUUACAGACAAACAACUUCCCCGAGUUUACUGGCCGUGUGUGUCCUGCUCCUUGUGAGGGUGCAUGUGUGUUGGGGAUCAACUCUCCAGCAGUGACCAUUAAGAACAUCGAGUGUUCUAUCAUUGACCACGGCUUUGAGCAGGGCUGGAUAAAGCCAGAGCCUCCUCUGCACAGGACAGGCAAGAAGGUGGCCGUUGUUGGCAGCGGGCCCUCAGGAAUGGCAGCCGCGGCCCAACUCAACAAGGCUGGUCACUUGGUGACGGUGUAUGAGAGGAAUGACCGGAUCGGGGGUCUGAUGAGGUAUGGCAUCCCCACCAUGAAACUCAGCAAGGAGGUUGUCCAGCGGCGUGUUGACCUCAUGGCUGAGGAGGGAGUGGAGUUUAUAACCGGGGUGGAGGUGGGCAAGGACCUCCCAUCUACACAGCUAGUACAGGACUAUGAUGCAGUAGUGCUAACUCUGGGGGCCACACACCCUAGGGAUCUACCUAUUCCUGGUCGUCAGCUGAAUGGCAUUCAUUUUGCAAUGAGUUUCCUCGAAACUUGGCAGAAGAAACAAGAAGGAAACGACCUAGACUUCCUAAAGUUCCAUGCUAAGGACAAAGAUGUUGUGAUCAUAGGAGGUGGGGACACAGGAUGUGACUGUAUAGCCACCUCUCUCCGACAUGGUGCCAAGAGCAUCACAUCUUUUGAGAUACUGCCACCACCUCCCCCAUCCCGGGCAAAUGACAACCCCUGGCCCACCUGGCCACGUGUUUUCAAGAUGGACUAUGGCCAUGAGGAAGUGGAACUCAAGUUUGGACGGGACCCCAGGAUAUUCAAUAUUAAGAGCACAAACUUUGUGGAUGACGGGAAGGGCAACGUGUGUGGUAUCAACACCAUGUUAGUAGAGUGGAAGAAGGACGACUCCGGCCGCUGGACGAUGGCUGAUGUACCAGGAUCUGAACGGUUGAUCAAGUGUGACAUUGUUAUGUUGGCUAUGGGAUUCCUGGGGCCGGAGAAAAAGAUUGUGGAGGAAAUCUCAACCAAACUUGACCCUCGAGGGAACUUUCAGACUCCAAGAAAUAAAUACAGCACCAGUGUGCCGAAAGUGUAUGCAGCUGGAGACUGUCGACGAGGGCAAUCUCUGGUAGUGUGGGCCAUCUCUGAGGGCAGGCAGGCUGCUCGUCAGGUCGAUCUUGACCUCAUGGGUAAGACCUCUCUGGCAGGCCCAGGCGGCAUUGUGUACCAGCCAGAGAACUGACCACUGACUGUCCAUAGCUGACCACAUCACCAACCGUCAUUGAAUCAUCUUUGAACAUAUCUCGCACAUCCUUACACAGAUCUCAUUCUCUGUACCAACCUGGUUAUCAUAUCUUACGUGAUCUCUCUCAACAAUGUUUCAAUAAUCGUACCGUUGGCGUAGGUCAUUGUUGAAUGUACAGAAUAAGCUCCAGCGACAUAUCGUAUAGGUUAGUGCAUCUGUUUGAACAAGUGACGAAGAACUGUACGUUAUGUGUCUAGGAAUUGUAGUGUGAUUCACACUGAAUGGCAAAAAUUCACUUACCAUUCUUGGGAUAUUUCACUAGCACUGGUUCUUGUUCUGGUGUGUAAGUUCAAAAGACAAAGAAGUCUAGUACUUCAAAAUGGUCGUCACUGAUUGUGCUUCUUUCUUCCAAUGCUAUUUUUACCUCAAAAGUUUGUGUGCUAGCUUUAUUCAUACCAAAGCCCAUGGCUGAUAUUUUACAGCAAUCUUUACCUAAUAUAUAAAAUUUGAUAGAAUAUGCAAAUGAAAUAUCAAAAUAUUGAAAGAAAUGGCUACAAUGAUAACUUCAGCAAUGAGUCAAUUAUUAAAAAAUCAUUUUCUUCCAAAUUUUGACAGUGACGUUGCGUAAAAAUUUGUACAACAGUAAGUGUAGUAAUGGAAGGAAUGCAGUAAACUCUCAUGCACAACAUUUUAUACAUUAUGAUACAAUAUACCCAGUACAUACCUAACAGGGAGACAAAAAUACUCAUAAAUAUUUAGUGGAUAGUAUUGCUCCUUUACAUAGUCAAUACAUUCUAUUGUUCAAAUUACUUUCUACACGGACACAUGUUUAACUGUGAUGGUACAUAAGCAUACUUUGUGCUUUAAGUUACCUGUGAUAAGGCUAUGCAGGUGAUAAACCCAUUCAUCCUUUAAAUUUUAUAAUGAACUAUUCCAACCUUCGAAUUGGAAGAGUUCAAAUGUGUGUUAAGGGGUGACUUUGUUAAGUUAUUGCUACAAAGUCUGUCCAGGUUAUAUUAAUAUACAUAUAGAUGAUGCAAUGUAGACAUUCUGUGAUCGUAAUACCGUGUUGAAACUGCUGUCAGAUAAACACAAGGUUAAGAUUAUUUUGUAGAUGUUAUAUAUAUGGUUGUUACGUGCUAAAAUUGACACUUUACAAACUAACAAUGUGUAGACCUAUUUUUUUGUCAUGGUGUUGUAUAGGAUGAUGAUUGUAAACAGAGAAAUUUGAACAAGUACUUUACUUAUAUAUAUAUAUACCACAUACUAGAUACGAAAAUAUAGAAUAUAUAUAUAUAUACAAAUAUGUGUUUUACGAAUGUAAGUUUGAAAACAAAGUUUUAUUUGCAUAAACAGAACCCUCCAGUUUAUUUUCAGUGUUGAAGAGUGUGAUGCUUAUAUAUUAUGUACACUUGCCAAUUCCCUCUUUGGGAAAACAGGAGUACUCAUGUGUAGAGCUGAUAUUUCACACAGUGUCAUUUUUGCAUUGUUGUGGGGAAAGAAUUGCUGAGUUUAGCAUUUUGAAGUAGAUACAUUUAUAAAAUAGUAUUCGGCAAGAUUAGGCUUGUUUUAUGUCUUAUUGAAGUCAUCUUACAGCGGAAGUAACAUAGGAAUGAUGAUGAGACUGAAAAAUUUAAAUAUUGCUACAGUAACGAUCAAGUAAAUAAUACAGAGAAGUUUACCGGGCAUAAUUUGUUAUAAAUAGGCAAAUGAUAAUGCAAUGUAGGAAAUAAGUUGUUUUAACUCGCAGAUGUCUUCUGUGCUGUGUACGGAAGGUUUAACUUUUGUCUCCUCAGCCCUCUGAUACGAGGACAAAAUUAUCUUAUAAGUGAAUAUUAAUACACAACAUUUUAUUCACACUAGUUGCACGUGAAAGGCAAACACUGAGGGAAAACGGAUGGUAGCCAUAAAGGGGCGAAAGUUUCCCGAUACACUCUGCUAAUUAAGUUUAACUUGUGUAUAUUGUGGAGGCUCUGCAGUGCUAGAUUUUAAUUGAUGGCAAAAGUGAUUUCCCAUGUGAGCAUCCGAAGAAAAUGUAUACUGAUUUCGAGUAUUACACGUGUUCUUUCUCGGUCCAAAUGCUUGUAUGAGCUUCCGUUAAUAAUAUAGAUAUAUUCUAGAAGUGCUCUUGUCUGUUAUCAUGUUAAGUUUUAAUCCAUGAGAUUACCUAUACAUGUCGUAUAAUUUUUUAUCCGUUAAAUUUUAUCCUUGCUUUAGCUAUGGUUAUACUAUUGUAUAGCCCGACCCUUACCAGACAUCUGUCUGUCAAGUCUGGUGUCGGGGCAAGAGGAAACUCGGGCUUACUAAUGUAGUGCUGUUUGUCAUACAUAUUACUGUAGCUUGUAGAACAAUUGUGUUAUUGCUUUGUGCUUUGUUAUUUAAUGAAAUUCCAGUUUGUGUUAAGUUUUUACCAACAACUUUUUUCACUUGUGUUCCAAAUUUCAAGAGGGCAUACAGUCCAUUUUUGUGUAUCAGUCAAUCUUUAUAUCAGUUUGAAAUUUACAUAAUCAGUUGUUGUUUGAAGACUAACUUGAAUUUGAGCUCACCUGGUCCAAAGGAGAGCUUAUGCCAUGGCGCAUCAUCAAUCUGUUAUUGGUCAACCAUUUUUCUUUAGGGCUAGUCAAGAACAGUAAAGUAGAAAGUAGAAUUUGACUAAAUCUGGUCUUGAACAUUAAUGGGCUGAUCCUUCUCCAUUCUCAUGGGUGAAGAGUUUUCAGCUAAAUAAGAUCUUGAGCGUCCUUGGGCCAAGGGGACUCUUAAGUUGUAUGAAUGAAGGGUGUAAAUCACCAUUUGGCAGGGGAAAUUUGAAGGACUAAAAGACAAAAUGGUAAACAUAAUCUUUCCUCUUUUUACGAGGAUGAAGGGAUAUUAACCAGAAUCUUUGGGCUAAAGGCAUUUAUUUUUGCUGGGCGUUACAUAAAUACAACCUUGCUGCAAGGAUUGCCUUCAGGGUCUGGUCUCGGCACAAGAGACUGUUCCAGAAUCAGUAGAGAUCCCUACCCCAUAAUUAUUUAUACGAUUGCUAGGUAUGAAGAGAGGAACACCAUCAUGCUAUACACUCCUGAUUUCAACCCCAUCCCAAAUUCUUAGUCUAGAUCACAACUUGAAACAUUUGAGAUGCCGACACUAUUACCAUUUAUAGAAUUGCCAGGCAUGGAGAGACAAAUAUAAUACUGCUACUAGGACUGGUGCCUGGGUCAGCCUCACCCUGGUGGCUUAGUCCCUGUGUCAUAACAUGGAAACCAUCAAGUUCCUAAGUCAUAACAAAGCUCUGUAUGAUAAAAGUAUAUAUAUAAAUACCUCAAUGAAAUUUGCUUUCAAUGUAUAAUUGGUCUUUAACUUUCCUGGGGGCAUUUUUUUUUUUUUUUUUAAAUCUACCCCUCUCGACCAGUUAGUUAUUUUUCAUAUAUAUUUGCUAUAAAGCAGGGUUAGGACAAGGAAAUCAAGUGUUACAUAAAGAAAGGGUGUUGUCCCCCAUAGUACUUAAAGAAAUAAUUGCAAAAUAUGCUUUAAUAAUAAAGCAAAUAUUUUGCCAUGGCUGUUUGAAUAUCCAGGUGAGUGAUACAGGCCCUCAUGGCUUCUUGUUACAAUAUUUGAGUUAUUUUGUUGUUUUAAAGAAUGGUUUCUGAAGCACACUGACCAGGAUCUGUAUCGGCCCACUAAAACUGAUUACAAUCCCAGAUUUCAAACCUUUCGAUGAGACUCCCACACAACCGGUGAUCUAACGAAGUCUAGGAUUGGAAUCAGAUUUAGUGGCCUUUACAAUCCUAUACACAAAUUGAGUCAAUGCAUGUCAUGUUUUCUAAAUUGAUUGCUCAGGUUUCAUGUUUUGGUUUGCAUUCAGCUUGCCCUGAAUUUGUAGCAGCAAGCAAUGUUUCUAUCUAUUGAAUAAAUACCGGAAGGACUUAA